UUAAAAUGAAUUAUUUAUUUAUUUUAGCUCUAUUUACAUAAUUAUAAAAUAAGUAUGAAUUAGUUUGUACAAUAUUUUUUAUAAUUUAAUUUUUUUUCUUAUGAAUAAUUUUUAGUUUUCUAAUUCAUAAAUAUAAUUAAUAAUAUGAUAUAAUAUUAAAAAAGUAGAAGAUUGAGUUAAAUAAUUAUUAUCAUUUAGCGAUGAAUUUUGUGACGGUUUUGAAACCGUCGCUAAUGCACGGUCCGCUCGCCGGCGUCGGACGGGGCCCGCCGCCGGCUGUGAUGAUUUGGUUCUGGCCGCGGUGGUGAUCUGGUGGUGGUGGCGCCGCCGGCGAUUUGGCGGCGGUGGUGGACUGGCGCCGGCGGCAGCAGGAGUGGCGGAGCCGGCGAUGGUCUAUUGUCGGCCGCAGUGGUGGUCGCUCGUGUUGUGGUGGAAUGAGGUUUGUUUUAUAAAAAAAUGAACAAAGGGUAAAAAUGUCAUUUUUGUUUAAUUUACGGGCGGCAAAUAGUAAAGAGACGGGCGGCAAAUAGUAACCCUCUAUCCAAAAUACCGAUACCAAACUUCCAGUCUAAUUACUGUCACCAACCAAUCCAUUUCACUCUCCAUUGCCCUCGCCAUCGCGUCGCCAAUUUCAAUCAAGCUUAUUCGAAUGAGUUUAUAAGCUCGCUUGUACAUAUUAGGGAUUUGUUCUUUUUGGGAAGCGCAGUAAGGGGAGGAGGCAUGUGGGGUGGGGUAAUAGGCAGGAACUGACUUGUUAUUUUUGGAUUUUGUUUUCCGUCGAGGAAAAUCUAGUGUUUGAUUUCAAUAAAUGCACCUUGACUUCUAGUGUUUGAUGACAUGUCCCCCUAACCACUGCAUGGAUCUGGAGACAUGCCCCACAUGCCAUUACUCAUGAGCACUAACAUGUCUCCCUUGCCACACUUGGCUACAUUAUCAUUCUUACUACUAGCAUGUAUGACUUGGGGCUUCUGGGAUUUCUUGCAGUGGCGGAUUCAUUGAGCUUUGGGGGUGUCCCGGGACACCCUAAAAUUUGGAAAUACGAUUAUUCAACUCACGAUAGUAGUUUACAUAUCGAUAAAAAAAUAUUUAAAUGGUAGCCGGACACCAAUAAAAUUAGCAAAAAUGAUUAUCCAACUCCAAGUAGUAGUUUGCAUAUGAGUAAAUAAAAAUAUUUAAAUGUUUGUCUAAGUGAUUUGAACUUGGGUCGUUGCUACUAUAAGUAGACAUAUUUUUCAUUAGCCUACAACUCAUUUAUUCUUAUAUUUUAAAUCAAAAUAUAAUAGUAAAAAGCUAUUUCUUAUCUCCAAUUAUUUUCAAUAGCUACCAAUUAAAUCCAAUCAAGGACUCCUCUAGUCUCCUUGUUCCAGUAGGAUCUAUCGAGAGUUGUUAGACAACGAUUGUAUUUUACAAUUUUUCCAAAAUACGAACACUUCGUGUGCUUUGUUGUAUUUCGUAAAAAUAAGAUAUUUUUUAUUUAAUAAUUAUUUAAUUUUUAAUUCAAUUUAAUUUUUAAGAAAGGACACCCCUAUGUAAAAUUUCUGGAUUCGCCACUGAUUUCUUGGGUAUGUCUAUCUGCCCACUGCUAGUGGUUGAUAACAUGCGUCCCACUCGUAACUUUAUUGUCGAUGAUAUGCCCCCUUCUAGACUGCAUGGGGCUGGAGACAUGCCCCCCUUGGCACACUUUGUUAAACCAUCAUUAUUGCUAGAAACACAUGUGGGUUGGGCUUGUUGUGGCUUGUUGGGCACAAUUGUCAACCCACUGCUUGUGGUUGAUGACAAGCCCCCAUGCCAUCCUUAGACAAAAAAUAUGGUGUUCUAUUGAACACACUCUUUUGUUCAAUUUUCUUGAAGUCAACUUGCCUCCUAGUUUGACACUUCACCUUCAAAUUGUCAGGUGGUAGGCUUCCAUGCCCUCCUUCUUGCCCCUUAGGUGGUUUGCAUCCAUCAUACCCAUUGACUAGGGGCGGCAAUGAGGGCGGGCAAGCUUCUGGUUCUAGUUGAUCCAAAUCGACUUGAUCUCCACUAGCCUUCCCAUUACGAGGUGACGUACAAGAUCUAGACACCAUGUGUAACUGUCUGCACGAGCGGUUUCUCUACGUGGGUAGAGAACUUGUGAGUGAGAUUCUCGCCAUAACCACUACAUAGAAAAGGUGGAUGACUCAUUGUUAUCGGAGGCGAUUAAUUCUCUGACAGUGACUGGAUAGUCCAGCCACCGGAGGGAGAGAAAUAUUUUUGCACACAGUAGUAUUAUUGGGUGUUGGAUCUACACCAAUUUGCGACAAAACCUUUGAUUGCAACACUAGUUCUAUAAAAUCAUUUCUAAACUUAUCCAGAAUUUUUUUAUUUUUUUAUAACUGCUUCAAAUAAUUGAUCCAACCGUCUAUCAAAGGUAGAACUAAGAGAAGCAAGUUUGAGACGUGUCUGUUGUGAACUUAUAACAAGUCCAUACAAACUCUCAUCCAUCAGUCGACGGUUCUCCGCCAUCACUUCACGGUUCUCCAUCAUCACUUGACGAGUCUCUACCAAUAUAUUGCGGUUCUCCUCCACUAAUGAGCGGAGUGACAUGACAGUGGUGGUUACCUCGGCAUAAGGUGCCGCCGGUGGCAAGAUUUCAAUCGCGCCAUUGUUUCCGAAAACACUUUUUGUUACUUGGCCAAAACUGAACUUGGCCACCAACUCCUACACAACUCAGAUGAAAUAUCACAUUCUUCUUGUCUCUGUCUUAGAGCCAUCAAAUCAAACACAAUUGUCCCACUGGGGGUGCCAAUUUGUUUUCCAGCGAGGAAAAUCUGGUAUUUGAUUUCAAUAAAUGUACCAUGACUUCUUGAAAAACGAUUCACUCCUCUCUGACACAAUGUUCGAACGAGGGUGUUUGAUGUUUUUUAUAGUUUUUUGGGAACAAGCUAAGUUAAUUACACCUACUCCUAUGGAGGUUCAGUGAGAGCUCCGAAACUAAGGCUUUGGCUAAUUUGCAGGGAAAGGAUAAAAUUUUGACAUUGUGAGUCAAAUGGUUGGUCGUGGAACCCUUGCUUCGUUUUCGCUUCUCCUAUUUAUAGCCAUCUUUUGUAACCGACGUGUAACCGUCUCUUGUUAACUGCUUCUCUUCUGCUUGGUGCUUGAUGUAGCUUGCUUGACGCCUUGACGGUCUUACGUGCUUGCCACUUGAUACCUUGCACCUUGAUUGCUUCACUUGAUAGCUAGCCCCUUGUGCCAUGGAGGUGUCUUGCUUGGUGAGUGAGGGCUUCAAGCUUGGUGGUACUCGUGCUAACCACCCUCGACACUAGGGUGCUUGGGGGUCUGAUGGAUGCACACUGACCCCCUUGGGGUAGCAUCAUGCUUGUAGGGUCUUGACAAGGUGGUCUACCAUAUGAUGAUAUACAUGACCGACAUAACUACCCAUUAGGCAUAACAUAGGUGUUACUUGUGAUGAUGUCCUUGCACGACACCAUGCUUGACACCCUAGCACACGAUAGAUAGUAGUCAUGGUGUUUAGUUUUUGACCCCCCUUGCACGACAUCAUACUUGACCCCCCUUGAAUGAUGUCAUGCUUGACCCCCCUUGUACUGUAGUACAUGGUAGGUGGUCGAGAGAAAACUCCAUACUUAGUCGAAUCUCAUCCCCAUUGUGACUGUAGGGUAGCUGAGUGGUAAGUUGUCACCACCACGUCUAGGGGUACUCGUGAUAGCUCUUCUUGCACGACAUCAUGUUUGACACCCUAGCGUAAGGUAGGUAGACAACAUAGUGCUUGACCCCACUUGCAUGACAUCAUGCUUGACCCCCUUGGGAUGAUGUCAUGCUUGACCCCCUGGUGGUUGGGUCUCAACACUUAGCCAAAUUUUGCCUUUCUUUGCCACCACGGUCUAGGGACUCGCGUUGCCUUUCUUCCCUUGCCACGUCUAGAGGUAGUUGAUAUCACACUCCUAGCACGGCCAGAUGCUUGAUACUCUAGUGCAAGGUAGGUAGGCGACAUAGUGCUUGACCCCUCAAGGAUGAUGUCAUGCUUGACCCUCCUGGUGGUUGGGUCUCAACACUUAGCCAAAUUUUGCCUUUCUUUGCCACCACGGUUUAGGGAGUCGCAUUACCCUUUUUCCCUUGCCACGUCUAGAGGUCGUUGAUAUCACACUCCUAGCACGGUCAGAUGCUUGAUACCCAAGUGCAAGGUAGGUAGGCGACCAUAGUACUUAGUGUUAGACCCCUCUUGUAUGACAUCAUGUUUGACCCCCCUGGGAUGAUGUCAUGCUUGACCCCUUUGUGGUUGAGGCUCAACACUUAGCCAAUUUUUGCCUUGGUCUAGGGAUACUCUCGAUGCCCCCCCUGCACGACAUCAUGCUUGAUGCCGGAGUGCAAGGGUAGGUAGCCGACUAUGGUACUUGGUGCUUGACCCCCCUUGGACGAUGUCAUGCAUGACCCCCCCCCCUUGUGGUUGGUCUCCAUCCUUAGCAAAAUUCCGCCUCCACCAUGCCGACUUGGGUGAUCGACGUUGAAGGGUGUCAACGCUUGGCACUUGACCCCUCUUGCAUGACAAGUGGGUGUUUGGUGGGUCAAGUGGUGUGUGUUGAGGUACCUGGUAUGAAGCCCAAAAUACCAUCAUUUAGGCCCAGUUUAAACCAAUUUAAUUAAUAUCGUUAAGUUGACCUUAUAUACCAAUACCACUCCUUGAAAAUAAUCAUUGUGGUAUCAAGUGAAUAUUUUAGUGAUAAACAGAUUUUGAUUUCGAUUAGAAAUCAGAAACACAGAAAGAGGAAGAGGCAUGUAGGUUGGGGUGGAGAAAUAGGCUUCUUCUUCUCCUUUGGUUACCUUACAUGAAUGAGAGAGAGAGAGAGAUGGACAUAGGGUGGAAUAGAGGGAUCCAGAAUCCCCUAAAUCAUAAAUCAAGUGCUGCAUGUUCUUCUCUACUAGAGAAGCGCUCAUGGCAGGUGAAGAAUCGACAAUCAGAGGUGAGAUUUGUAUUGAUUUCCUCACAGGGUCGAUUCUGGCGCAACUCCAGGAGAGCUAUAUCACGAGGUUGCUAGAAAAGUGAAAUAUCCAUGGGUGCCUAGGUAAGGUUUUCCCCGGCGUCGGCAGGUUUUAGAGGGAGGUGGAUACGACAACUUGAUGUUGAAAGAUAAGUUUUAGGUUGAUAAUGUGGUCGACGCGGUUAUAGUCCAUGCGGAUGGUAGGGUUUUAGAUGGGGAAGCUAGGGGGAUCUUUUCUAGGUGAUUAAUGGCGACGACGAUGCAAGCUUUGGAAGAUGUUUCGACAGAGAUGGUGGGGAAGGGAUAAGUCCACGAAAUUUGUGGCAGCGGAAUUAGUUUUGUGUUUUUACUUUUUUAUCUUUUUAAGAAAUAGGGUUAAAAUAAAAAAUCCGAUAAAAGACAAUAAAAUAAUUGACCCCUUGCCACAUCAUUAGGAUUGGUCCAACUCAUCAACCAAUUUGCCAUGUCAUAGUCAACUAACGUUUGAUCGGAUGGAUAGUUAUUUUGUUUUUCUAACCCUCUCUUUCCGAAGGAAGGGAGGAAAAUGGAGGGGAAGGGAAAUUUGAAGGGGAGGGAAAGGAGGGGAGAGAAAUUUAAAGGAAAGAAAAAUGUUGUUUUAUGGAGGAAAGUGAAGGGAAAAGUGGAAAGAAAAAAAUAUAUUGGAAAGUGUGAUAGAUAUGUUAUAUUAUUGAUUAUGUAAUAGUAAAAUAAUUUAAUUAUUUGUUGGUGUUAUUUCCAUUACUUAAGAACUAGUUAUUUGACCCGCGCUUUGCGGCGGUAAUCAAGUAAUAAUUUCUUUUCAUAAUAAAAUUUUAUUCACUCAUUUGAUGAUAACUAAAAUAAAAUUAUUCACAAAAUAGUUCAAUUAAUACACUUUCAUCAAUUACUUAGUGUCUUACGAAAGGCUUACGUACUAUGUUUGUUUGAUUGAUACACGAAAAGUAAUAAUCCCUUCAACCUUCAUAAGUUCUAGGUAAUAUGUUUUAAAAUUAUUAUAGAAAGAAUUAUUUAUAACAUGUGGUCUAAUAAUGAAAUUAAAUUACAGAUAUGUCUCAUAUUUGAUUAGACUACAAAAACUUUAAUUUGACUAAUUCAAAUUGGUGUGAUGAAUAUAAUUAUACUAACAAAGAAAUUUUAGCUAAUAAAUGAAUUAAGUUAUGAAAUGUAUCACAUUUGAUUAAACUAUAUGUAAAAAUAACUUAUCUUACAAAACUUGUGUAAUAAAUUGAUGAGAUCGUCAUUUUAGUUAAUAAAUUUUGGAGUUUUCAUUAAAAAUACUACCGUGAAAGACUUACAUAAUAUGUUUGUGAUAAAUAAUGAACAAUUAUCCAUAUGUGAGAUUUACUUAAGGUAUUUGUAAGGUGUGUAAUUGUUAUAGAAUGAUGUUACCUAAAUCUUUCGUAAAGUGUGGUAUUAUAAUAAAAUCAAGUUAUGAAAAGUCUCAUUUGAUUAAAGUACAAUAAAAAAUUUACCUUAAAAAAAAAUCAUAAUGCAAAUUGAUGAGAUGUUGAAAAACUAUGUCGUAAUAUGAAAUGAAAAACUAUCAAGUAGUUGUCUAAAAACUUAUGGUUGAAAAAGAAGGAUCAUUUUUUAUUUUCUUGGCCAACCUAAUGUAUAGCACUUUCAUUAUGAAGAGAGUAAAACAUUGACAUGCUUGGGAAGCUGCCAUGGGCUCAUACGGGGUAAAGUGCACAGGCUGCCACAUGAAUUAUAAAGAGAUUGAACAAAUGAGAUGCUCGACCAACGACCAGGAGGUUUGCAUGCGGUACAGUACACCCGGCCGCAGAGAAUUUAAAAGGACGUUUAGGAACAGUAACCCAACUUAAUAAGGUAACCCCGGAUUCUUCGUAUGCAAUAGUAAAAAACUUGUGUCUUAAUUAUUCUAACUAAUAAUAAUCUAAUAGUGGAUCAAAUUUAUUGUUUCUUGCUAAUUUAUCAAAAUAUAAACUGAUUUUACUUUUUAAUUUCAAAAUAUAAACGGAUUUUAUAUUUCAAAUUAAUUCUUUUUUGCUAAAUUGGUUUACUAUUAAAAAGUUGUAUUACCUUUGUUGUACAAGAUGACAUCCAUUCUAUUAAAAUUUCGGUUUGGUUCGAUCUAAAUGUCAAUAUGGUCCAUUUGUCUUCGGCAAUAAUAAAAUUCAUGUGACCAAGUACCAGACUGUAUUAGUAGUUCGUAGAUAGGAGUAGCGAUAAAAUAUAAUUAUGCAUGAAAUAAUAUUAUGCAUUACGUAAAUCAAUAUUAUGUUUUUUUUAUAAUGGUGAUGACUAACUUAAAUCAAUAUUAUGUUAUAUCUAUACUUACGUAGGACAUAGAAAAACAAUAAAUUUGAAUUGAUUGUGUAAUAGUAAAUAUGUGGAAAUGAACCACGAUUUUGAAUUAAAAACUUAUACACAAUUUUUUUGCGGUCAAAAUUUUAAUUUAGAAAGAAAGAAUCUCAAAAUAUUUUUUUAUGAAAACUCUAAAUAUCUAAACAUCCCUCAACUAUAAUUAUAUAUAUAUCAUAAUAAUUAAUGACUAAAAAUAUUACUAACUAUAAUCAUACACGUAAAAGGUAAAAGAUAAUUAUAAACUUCCUAAUCAAUAGUCUAGACUUGUUUACUUCUAUUUCUAAGUCCUAACAAGAAAAGAAAGAAAAAUGGGCAAAUGACAAAUAAAGGGGAGACAAGUUCUUUUCCCUUUGAUUUCCCUCCGAUUUGGAGGGUCAGGCGGUACAGUAAAUUUUCUCUUACUUUUCUCUCCCUCUGCAUUGUUACUUUUGUUAGAAAAAAACGAAAAAGAUAUCGGGAAUUGUAUUUCCCCUCCCCCCUUUCCACCUCUCCGAAACAGGGGUAAAUGUUUGGCUAUUAUUUUAUCUGUAGUCAAAAGGUUUGACUAUUAAAUUGUAUUAAUCUCAUGAGUCAAAUUAUUACUUAUCUCUCGGUCUAUUACACUAUGUUUCCGAAGGAAGGGAGGAAAAGGAGGGGAGGUGAAGGAAAAUUAGGAGGGGAGGGGAGAUUUGGAGGUGAAGGAAAUUGGAAGGAAAAUGUUGUUUUAUGGAGAAAAGUAGGAAGGAAAGUGUGUUUUGGGAAGUGUGAUGAAUAUGUUAUUAUUAGUAAUGUAAUAAUUAAUAGAGACUUUGUUUAUUUAAAAACAGUGAUUUAACCACAUCAAUCAUUUAAAAAUAGAGACUUUAUAAUAAUUAAUCAAGGAUUCUAAAUCAAUUAAAAAUCAUUCAACUUAUUAAAAUUUUGUUGAUUUAUCAACAUAGCAACUAAGAACAUAAACAAACAUGACAUCCACUUUGAAAUCGACAAAUUAAACUCGAAAUUUAGCUAGACCGUUAAUAUUGACAGGCAUUAGUCUCUUUUGUCUAUGACGCAACAUAUAAUUCUAAAGUGGCUGCGACGUGAUUUCCACGCCAUACAACAACAAAUAGAAUUUAGCACUAUAUUAGACCACAAAUCAACAAGCUUACCACUAUGGUAUAUUUCUACCAUCGUUCUACCAUUAUGAUAUAUUUUUGCUAUCAUAGUAUAAUAUAUGAUUAUCAAAUUAUAUAUGGUAUAGUUUUACAAAAUUACCGACACUAUGCUACGAUUUAGUAAUUCUUCAUUGAAAUAAUUAUUUUUGUUUGGCUACUUCUUUGUUACUAAUUAAUUUUGUUAGGAAGCAGAAUGAAGGCUAAAAGUCACCAGGACUAAUUUGAUUACUUUCAUGCUAGUAAUUAAAAAGACUCACUUAAUCUUAUUUUGGAGAUUAAGUACGGAAUUAUUAAAAAAAAGGAGAUUAAGUACAAAACAAAUAAGGAUUGUGAUAGAGUGGGUGAAGUUAAUAAUCUUGUAUAAUAAUGAAGUUAGCAAUUGAAUUAAUAAUUAAUGUUAUUUUGUGUUGGAAACUUAACUAUUAGGCAAAUAUUUAAAAAUGAAGAAAAAGAAGAACAUGCAUGUGUGUCCUUCAUUUCCUCUUCUUUCUCUCCAAUUUGGAGGAGUGGGUUGAAUAGUACCAAGGAGGGAUAAUUUCCUUCCCUACUCACUUUCCCUCCAUAAAUGAACAAGGGAAAAUGCAUUGGGAAUCUCACUUUCCCUUCUCAAUUUCCCUUUCCCUCCUUUUCUCUCCUUAAGAAACAUAGUGAACUAUGUCUCUAUGGAUUUGUGAAAGAUGGUCCACUAGAAAUAUUCUUGUUAUUGUUUCGACUCAUAUUCACCAAAAAGUGGAUCCCGCUCUAAUAGCCGCGAAUAAAUUAAAUACAUGCAUUAAAAUACGAAGAUUUCUUAUUCCACAACAAUGAAAGUACUUUUCACUCUUUCAUAUACCAGGGAAUUUCACUUGAAAAAGAAAAUGCUCAAUACGAAGGGAUUCAUGUCCAUGAUCAUUAAAGAUAAUCCCUUUAAAAUUUGCAUUCAUAGUUAAAUAGAUUAUAACAUUCCAAAAAAAGAAAAGAAACAAGCAUCAUAUUUAAAUACAAUAUUUAACACAACAUCCAAAAUUACAUAGUAGAAUCCAACAAAUAACAUAAAACAUCUAAACAUUCAAACACGAAUCAUACAAAUAACAUUAAUUUUUAACUUUCAAAUUAAAAAAAAUAAGUAAUUUUUUAAUUAAUUUCUCCAAAAUAACGUCACUAUAUUUAAAAAAUAAAAAUCUAUCAUGCCGAUCUUAUGGGAGACUUACAAUUAUAAUCGGUACCGGUUGAACCUAAUUCUACCAUAACAACCACGGUUUUCUGAAUGCGCGUGUGCCUCUCUCUCUCCGUUAGUGGGAUGGGCGGCGUGGGGUAUUUUCUUUUGCUUUUUGUUUUUGAAUUUACCCAGGACAGAGUGAGCACAGAUAGAAUCAACCCCAAAAUCGUUCCACCUCUCUCUCUGGCAGUAAAAAAUUGGGGAAAUGUUAUUUGAAAUCGAGGGGAGAAGAAGCAAGCAAGGGAGAUAGUUGGCGAGACACAGCACACUAACUCCAAUGGCGUCCUCCGCUGCCUGCAGAAAUGGCGCUCCCAGAGGAGGAGGAGGCGGCGCCAGGUCUCUCGCUGGCGGCAAUCUAAGGUCAUCUUCCUACAAAUCAAGGCCCUCUCAGCUGCCAGGAUCCACUCUCCGCCGCAGCAGCACUGGUUCCUUCGCGGCCGCAGGAGAUGAUGGCGUACCGGGAAGAGUUCGAGUGGCUGUGAGGUUGCGGCCAAGGAAUGCGGAGGAGAUGGUAGCUGAUGCUGACUUCGCUGAUUGCGUGGAAGUCCAGCCAGAGUUGAAAAGGUUGAAACUGAGGAAGAACAAUUGGGACUCAGACACGUACGAGUUUGACGAGGUCCUUACUGAAUUCGCAUCCCAGAAGCGGGUCUAUGAAGUCGUUGCAAAGCCUGUUGUCGAGAGCGUCCUGGAUGGUUACAAUGGGACUGUCAUGGCCUACGGACAGACUGGCACAGGGAAAACGUUCACUGUUGGACACCUCGGAGAUGGCGACACAGCUUCUCGUGGGAUCAUGGUUCGUGCAAUGGAGGAUAUUCUGGCAGACGUUGCUCCAGAGACUGACUCCGUCUCUGUCUCAUACUUGCAGCUUUACAUGGAGGCAAUCCAGGACCUCCUCGAUCCCACAAAUGAUAAUAUUUCCAUUGUAGAAGAUCCUAAAACUGGCGAUGUUUCGCUUCCUGGGGCUACUCUUUUAGAAAUCAGAGACCAGCAGAGUUUUGUGGAGCUUCUAAGCAUAGGGGAAGCUCAUCGAAUUGCUGCCAACACAAAGUUGAAUACUGAAUCUUCUCGCAGUCAUGCCAUUCUGAUGGUUCAUGUUAAAAGGUCAGUUGUGAGUCAGGAUGAUACUCUUUCAAUUGAAAAUGGUAACUCUUCUCACUUUGUGAAACCUUUAAGGCCACUCAUCCGGAAGAGCAAAUUGGUUCUAGUUGAUCUGGCAGGCUCCGAGCGUGUUCACAAGUCAGGAAGUGAGGGGCAUAUGUUAGAGGAAGCCAAAUCUAUCAAUCUCUCACUGAGUGCACUAGGGAAAUGCAUAAAUGCACUAGCAGAGAAUUGUGCGCAUGUACCAGUUCGUGAUUCAAAACUUACAAGGUUGCUGAAGGAUUCAUUUGGAGGCACAGCUAGAACCUCGUUAAUUGUCACAAUCGGCCCUUCCCCACGCCAUCGAGGAGAGACUGCAAGUACCAUACAAUUUGGGCAAAGGGCUAUGAAGGUGGAAAAUAUGUUGAAAAUAAAGGAAGAAUUUGAUUAUAAGAGUCUGUCCAGAAAGCUUGAGAUACAAGUGGACAAGCUUAUUGCAGAGAAUGAAAGGCAGCAGAAAGCUUAUGAAUAUGAACUCGAACGAAUGAAUCAAGAAGCUCAAAAUCGUAUUGCUGAGGUUGAAAGGAAUUUCGCUGAAGCAUUAGAGAAGGAAAGGCUCAAAUGCCAGAUGGAAUAUAUGGAAUCAGUGAAGAAAUUGGAGGAAAAAAUGCUGACUAAUCAGCGAAAGCAUGGCAGUGAUGGCAUCAUAAGAAAUGGAUGCAAUGGGGAGGAUCAGGUUGUUUCGGUUUCUGAUGAGGUUGCCGAAGUAAGAAAAUUGCUCCAGAAUGAAACUCAACGAAGAAAGGCAUCUGAAGAGGAAGUUAACAAACUUAAUACUCGGAUGGGUCAAUUGAUGCAGUCUGAGGCAGGUGGAGAUGGAGAGAUAUUAAGAAUUCACCAACUUCUGGAGGUCGAAACUCAGAAGAAGAAAAAGCUGGAGGAAGAAGUUAUGAUUUUAAAAAGUCAGUUAUUACAGCUGAGUUAUGAAGCUGAUCAGUCAAGAAGGUAUAUGGAGAGAGUUGGAUCGGGGAAUGGUCUCAAUGGAACGGAUUCUCCAUCAGUAAAUAACGGAGAGAAAGCACCAGUUGGCACACUUUUUGAACAAGUUGGGCUGCAUCAGAUAUUGUCCUAUCUGGAGUCAGAGGAUGCUAACGUUCAAAUUCAUGCAGUAAAAGUGUUGGCCAAUUUAGCUGCUGAAGAAGCGAAUCAGGAGAAGAUAGUUGAAGCCGGUGGUCUUACCUCCUUGUUGAUGCUUCUUAGAAAAUUUGAGGAUGAAACUGUUCGCAGAGUGGCUGCCGGUGCAAUUGCCAAUCUUGCGAUGAACGAGACUAAUCAAGAGCUCAUUAUGACUCAAGGAGGUAUCACUUUGCUAACCAUGACAGCAGCUGAUGCCGAGGAUCCGCAAACUCUUCGUAUGGUUGCUGGUGCUAUUGCAAAUCUCUGUGGCAAUGAUAAGUUGCAAAUGAAGCUGAAGUCUGAAGGAGGAAUAAAGGCCCUGUUAGGAAUGGUGAGAUGUGGGCAUGCUGAUGUUCUCUCACAAGUUGCAAGAGGCAUAGCUAACUUUGCAAAAUGUGAAUCCCGUGCAGCUACUCAAGGAACGAAGAAUGGAAGAUCACUUCUCAUAGACGACGGAGCGCUUCCUUGGAUUGUACAGAAUGCCAAUAAUGAAGCAGCUCCAAUCAGACGCCAUAUCGAACUUGCACUAUGUCACCUUGCACAACACGAGGUGAAUGCGAAGGAGAUGAUCAGUGGAGGAGCAUUAUGGGAGCUAGUACGCAUUUCGCACGACUGUUCCAGGGAGGACAUAAGAAGUCUUGCGAGACGGACGUUGAACUCGAGCCCCACAUUUCGAUCGGAGAUGCGGCGGCUGAGGAUAGACUAAGGAUCCAGACACCAUACGCCGAGCUGGUAACUUUAUUAAAUAUAUAUAUGACGUGAUCAAAUGAGAUGGAAAACAGUUUUGUAGGUUGGAGAGUCGGGACUUGUGAUGUCUGUUUGUACUGUUGGGACUCACUUCGUCCUAUUGUUUUCCUUCUGGGUAGUCGGUAAAUUGAUUAUUUGGUAUAGCAAUGAAAAUCUGUAAGUCCACUUAUUUAUUUAUAGACAGUAAAAAUGUGAUAUUCUACACUAAUCGAUCGAAGAGUCUUUUUAUCUAAGAAAGAAUUGACUUUUAGUCAAUUCGGGUUACUGUUGGGUUGCGGAAUGUGCCGCAUUCUAAGCGCCCAUAUUGGCUUGUCUGGUGAGUUCUCUUUUAUAUGGCCUUGGGCUGAGACUAGAAGAAAGUGGGAUGCGUCUGCAUGGACAAAUUCAGUUCAAGAUGGCCUGUGUUAUGAAGAAGAUUGGCUUGGAGAAAAGGGAGAUGAGUAUGCUAGCUUGGAAGCUGGGCUUUUAAGAGAAUAUGGCCCAAUAGCCCUAGAGAAACAUGGCAGGUCUAUGGGCUAGCUUUGAGAGGGAUGUUUGAUGGUUUUGAUGAGUUCGUACUCAAGGAUGAGUUGUUGAACAAGAGUGAACCCUUGAGUUCUUGGGGUUGCUGGAGUAUGAUAAAAACGGAGGAGGCGUAUUUGGAGUUUGAAUACUUCGAGGACGUUAAGGUUGGUUGGGUCAUCAGGAAUGAAAUUUGAAGAGUGAGAUCAGUACACGAAGAUCGGUGCAAGAAGCCCAAUACAAGAGGUGGAACUGGAUUGAAAAAAGGAAUCGCAGGAAAUGGAUGAGACAAAGUGCGAACUGCACGGGCAACGUGUAGAAGUGGGACGAGUCGAUCAACCUUGAGGACAAGGUUGGUGGGGGGGGGGGGGGGGGGGGGGGGGUCUAUCAUUGUUACUAUUAUUAGGAUUUUAUUAUAUAUGGUUAGUAGUCUUUGAGUCAUUUUAAGAUAGUCUAUUAGGUUUUUCCAGUCUUCAACUAUAAAUAUGUACUUUGAUU